GAGGAAGCGGGACGAGAGCACAGUCUGCGGUAUGCGUGUGGAAAGUGACUGGGCUCCGGAUCAGCAAGAGCCCUGGCAUUACAGUGGAAUUACCUACCAGAACAAAUCAAUGAACAUGGGAAUAAGAAUUUCCCAGAAUGCUGUGCUGCCAGGCAUUGAAACUGGUGAAGACAUUGGCAUUGUCACAUGGUGGAGCACGUGUGUUGAAGCGAUGCCCAUGGGAGAGAACCCAAGGAUUAUCCUGUUCAGCUGCUCAUGGAAUCAUUCAAAAAGGCCGACGGAUAGACUAUAACAGACAGUCGUCCUCAUUGUUAGCAGCAACGAUGGGCAAUGGAGUGUUUCAAAGCCCCACAUUUUGUCACAGGAGGACACUGUCAUUGGCCUCAUGCUUGUCUGCUCCAGCAGUUACAACUCCUCACCAUGGUUGGUACGAAAGCUUUGCUGACUCAAUGCCUGUUCACCUAACGCAAGAUCUCCUGACUCAUCUGCAGCAUGCCACAGGAUUGCCAUGGUGGGCAAGCAUAAUUUGCACUACUAUGACCUUACGAGUGACUGUGACGCUCCCAUUAGCUGUUUACCAGAUGUACAUUAUUGCCAAGGUUGAAAAUUUACAGCCGGAGAUUGCAGAACUAGCCAAGCGACUACGUUAUGAAGUAUCCAUGCGCGCAAAGCAAGUUGGAUGGUCUGAAAAGGUGGCUCGUUUUCACUUCAAGAAGAAUCUGCAAAGAAUCAUCUCUGAGUUGUAUGUUCGUGACAACUGUCAUCCUUUUAAAGCCAGCCUGCUCAUCUGGGUCCAGCUACCACUGUGGAUUUUCAUCUCCAUUGCCUUGCGGAAUCUGAGCCUAGCAGCGUCUGAUGCUGCAGCAGCGUCUGCUGUUCAGGACCUAGCAAUGGGAGGAGUAUUCUGGUUUCCUGACCUGACUUUGCCUGAUUCCACCUGGAUCCUGCCCAUCUCAUUAGGACUUGUAAACCUUUUAAUAGUUGAGAUUUUUGCUCUCCGGAGAAUCGAACUGUCAAAGUUUCAGAAAUAUGUCACCUCUGUGAUCCGUGGAGUUUCAGUGCUCAUGGUUCCGAUUGCUGCAACGGUGCCCUCAUCUAUGGCUCUCUAUUGGUUGACCUCCAGCUGUGUGGGUCUUGGUCAGAAUUUGCUGCUGCGUUCCCCCAGUUUUCGUACUCUCUGCCGCAUUCCCAAGAUGAAGUCAGAUUCAGAGACUCCUUUCAGAGACUUGUCAGCGGGGUUCAUUGCAAAAUAUUUUCCUAGGAAGUGAUCAACAGUGCAUUGUGUGUGUGAAAUGCAUGCCGUAACUGAACAGGCUGCACCAAUGUUCUGUCACGUUGGGUUUUUAUAAGCUGAAAUUUCAUAGGCAGAGUGAAUCAAAUGUGCCCAGCAGGCAACAGGCACACAACUUGUAUUACAGAUACCAUGGUCUCCUGGUCAUUGUAAUGGUUUAAUGGUUACAGAUGUUUAAUUUGAUUUUCUCCCUCAUCCAGAUUAUUGCUGAUUAGAGGAGAUCAAAAGGUGCCAAAGCUCUAGGUAAUUGCAAACUGUUGCAACUCCCUAUACAGUCGGGGAGACAUUGGCGUAACAGUAAUGCAACUCAGCUAGUAAUCCAGGGGCGCAGGCUAAUGCUCUGGAGACAUGGGGUCAAAUCCCACCAUUUCUGCAUUAAUAAAACAUGGAAUUGAAAGCUAGUCUCAGAUAUGGUGACCAUGAAACUAUCAUCAGUUGUCAUUAAAAACCCACCUGGUUCACCAAGGUCCUUUAGGGAAGCAAAUCUGCCAAUCUUACCUGGCCUGGCCUACAAGUGACUUCAGACCUACAGCAAUGUGUUUUACUCUUAACUGCCUGUGAAAUUUCCUAGCAAGCCACUCUGUUCGAGGGCAAUUAGGGGUAGACAACAAAUGUUGGCCUUGCCAGCGAUGCCCAGAUCCCAUGAAAAAAUUAAAAUUUGGAAGACAGUUGAAAGGCGUUUCCAUUUGUUGGUGAUUUCUUGGAAAAGUAAGCGAGUGCUUCUGGCUUGAUUGUUUCCUAGUUUUGCUUCCUGGCUUUGGGGUAGAGCCUCAUCGUUGUUUGCAGUCUCCAGGUAGACUGCCUGAGACUGGGCUGAUGGUGUAAUUUGCUAUUUCACCUGCUUUAACAAACUGUUCCCAUCUUUCUCCUCCUAUUUGUUCUGAUCACACUCCUACAGUUCAUCAUUAUGUUACCCUACUGGGUAGGUGGAUUCAAGUUUUUAACCCUAUCAGAAUUGCCAACAUGUUUUGGUACUAAAACCUAAAGUAAAAGAUUUUUUAUAUAAAAA